AUGUUCCAGCACGUCCAUUUCCUUUAUACAAAAACACACACACAAAACUACAAUUAUAACGGCCAGGCCAGCAGAUUUCUGGUAGUUUCUUUUUACAUGUGGGCCCCACUUUUUACUGCAUCUUCUUGGAUCAUCCCUAACACAUGAAAGUUGCUUCAAUCUACUUUCAUUCAUAUGACCAUUUCCACCACUUGGGUCACUCUAAUUUUCACUCUUUUUGAUUGUCUUUUUAUAAAGCUUGCAUCUUUGUGAAACCCCAUUUGGGUUUUGUUAGUAUUUGACUUUCUUGAUUCAAGAAAUUGGCUUUUUUGUUUAGGAGUUCAAGAAUUUGAGCAAACUAUAUAUAAAGUUAACAGCUUUAUGUGAACCCCAUUUGGGUUUUGUUAAUAUUUGACUUUCUUGAUUAAAGAAAAUGGAUUUUGUGUAAAGGGUUUCAAGGAUUUGAGGAAACUUUAUAUGGGUAUGAGGGAACAGAGUAAAGUGAGGGACUUGAAUGUGGAAGAGAGACAACUUCUUGUAGCUAUUAAAGCAUCUGGUGAAAUUCCAAGAACUGCUGUGGUUUGGGCUUUAACUCAUGUUGUUCAACCUGGGGAUUGUCUUAAACUGCUAGUGAUCAUUCCUGUUUUGAGUUCAAGUAAAAAAAUAUGGGGUUUCCGUAAAUUUGGAAGUGAUUGCACCUCUAGUCACUGGAGAUCUCUUUCUGGAACAGUGCCAUAUCAGAAAGAUGAUAUUGUAGACUCAUGCUCCGAUAUGAUGCUUCAACUCCGUGAUGUAUAUGAUAUAGAUAAGAUAAAACUCAAGAUAAAAGUUGUCUGUGGCUCACCAAGUGGAGUAGUGGCUGCUGAAGCCAAAAAAGCUCAAACACAUUGGGUUGUAUUGGAUAAAAAACUAAAGACGGAGGCAAAACUUUGCAUGGAACAGCUAGAAUCCAAUCUUGUUGUAAUGAAAAAGUCUCAGGCUAAAGUACUUCGUUUAAAUCUGGUUGGAUCACCUAAGAUGGAAACUGAUAUUUCAUCUGCGUCAGAUUCAUCUGCAGAACAUGGGGUAAGUGACCACAGUCUGUGGAAGGCCACUCGGGUGCCAAAUGUCACUCCAACAAGCAGUCCAGAACAUUCAUCUUGUAAAAUCACUGGUGCUGGAAAACUGCCGAUAUCAAACUUAAAUCUGAUUACAUCACCAUUUGUGACAUCUGAUUUCAACUGGGAUCUGAAUAAAGAGAGAUUUUUGUAUACAGACAGAUAUCAAAGUCCUGAUGAUUCUGACUCUGAUACUGAAAGUGAAGACUUUAGUUCUCCUUCAACAAGUUCAAGUUCCCAGCAAUGGAUGCGAGAUGGUCUUAGUUCUUCUGGUGAAUUGUCAAAAUAUUUGGUGAAAAAAUCACAGUUAUCUAGUGGCAGAUAUUUGAAUCCUGUGUCUGAAGGUUUAAGGGGAAAAUUCUCUGAACUUGAUCGAGACCAUGAAAUUAAGGUGCUGACUGACAGGCACAAUCAAGACUCAAGUAAGAAUCUGAGAACAACUAUAUCAUGCACCAGAAAUACACUUGCUGAACCUCCUCCAUUAUGUUCAGUAUGUCAGCACAAAGCGCCUGUUUUUGGAAAACCUCCUCAAUGGUUUACCUAUGCAGAGCUAGAACAUGCCACAGAUGGAUUCUCUGAAGCUAAUUUCUUGGCUGAAGGUGGUUUUGGUUCUGUACACAGAGGUGUUUUACCAGAUGGUCAGGUCAUAGCCGUCAAACAACAUAAACCAGCUAGUUCUCAGGGUGAUCAUGAAUUUUGCUCUGAAGUUGAGGUCCUAAGCUGUGCUCAACAUCGUAACGUGGUGAUGCUCAUUGGCCUGUGUGUGGAAGACAGGAAACGAUUACUAGUUUAUGAAUAUAUUUGCAAUAGAUCUUUGGAUCAUCACCUAUACGUGAAUCUGGAUGCACUAGAAUGGUCUGCACGACGAAAAAUUGCGGUUGGUGCUGCUCGAGGAUUGAGAUAUCUUCACGAAGAAUGUAGGGUGGGCUGUAUUGUCCAUCGUGAUAUGCGGCCAAACAAUAUUCUGCUCACACAUGAUUUUGAACCACUGGUUGGCGAUUUUGGAUUAGCUAGGUGGCAGCCAGAAGGAGACAUGGGUGUAGAAACAAGAGUAAUAGGAACAUUUGGGUACUUGGCUCCAGAAUACACUCAAACUGGUGAAAUUACGGAAAAGGCUGAUGUGUAUUCCUUCGGGGUCAUAUUGGUGGAGCUCAUCACUGGACGAAAAGCAAUGGAUAUUAACCGGCCGAGGGGCCAACAGUGCCUCACGGAAUGGGCAAGGCCGCUAUUGGAAAAGAAUACCAUCACAGAACUGAUUGAUCCACGCUUGAGAAGCGGCUAUAUAGAGCAAGAGAUCUCAUGCAUGGUACAUUGUGCAUCCUUGUGCAUCCGGAAGGAUCCUCAUUUAAGGCCUCGCAUGUCUCAGGUACUCUGGAUGCUCGAAGGUGAUACUUCCAUGAAUUCUUGCAUAUAAAAAGUAGCCUUCCCUUUGCAUAGUUCGAAAGAAUGACUGUCCAAUGACACUGUCAAGGCAAGGCAGCUGCAAUGUUGUAAUUCAACUGUUGCAACAUCAAGUUUAGUACAAAGCUUCUUAACUGACGUACACGGCAUCUGAAUGCAAAGAGCCUAUUUUUGUACAAAGCAUCUUUGUAAAGCAAUAUUUACUUGAGCCUUUAUUUUAUUUUUUUGUUCUUAAAAUUUCCCUUCAAAAGUGAAUCAAUGUGCAGUUGUCUAUUGUUCUUGUAUAGUAAUUAAAGGAUGCUGUACCAUUUUCUGGUGAAGGAAGAAGUGUUUUUGAAAACUCUA